AUGGUUCGGGAGCGUGCGACGGAGCAAGCACCUGCGAGUCGCCAGCAAGGAGGAACCGAUGAAGGAGGAGCCGUGCACGAGGCUCCAACUGCCGUGGGCGUUGGUGGAGGAGCUGUUGCACCAACCAUUGACACGGGAAUGAUCGGCACGAGCUACGGCCAAUUCAAGUUUGGAGUAGAGCACAUCUCCAUGACGCCGCUGCUGGAGGGAAGGCACGACCUUACCGCGUGGGUCAGCGUCAUUCGACCUCAGCUCCAGGCCCGCACCAUUCGAGCGGAGCUGCUGACCAUUGGACAGGAGGUCCAUGUGGCCACGUUCGCUGCGCAUGUGUUGAAGGGGCUGCCGCCAAAGUAUGGUUUUCUUCGCCGCAAGCUCGACAUUUCCAGACGGGAGAUGACUGUCGAACGUGUGUGCAGCGAGGUGUUGAUGGAGGAGCAGAUCCUCUCCAUCGAACAGAGCUACAAGCAGAUCACCAGUGAUGCAUCGGCUUUCUCUGGCGCUGUCAACACGAUCGUGGCUACAACGGGGGUCAACGCGAAGGAAGGGAAGGGAGGAAAGGAGCAGAUGGACAAGAAGAAGGAUGGCAAGCGGGAGAAGAAGCGAGGCCCCUUCAAGGGGCGCUGCUACGACUGCGUUGAGGAGGGGCACAUGGCUGCGAAGUGCCGCAACAUGAAGAAGGAUGCAACGCCCGCGGUAGCCGCAAACGUAGCUGAAGGAGAUGGGAAGGGCGUAUAG